GCACAACGCAUUCUUGAUGAAUCGAAGGUUUUUCAUAGUCAGCAAAAGUUUCUUGAUAACAUGGAAGAAAAGUUAAUUCUUCUUAGCAAAUUAGUUGAUGAUGUUUUGCACAUUGAAAAAAGACGUACAUUACCACGAAUGUAUGGAUGA